AUGCAUGAUAAAAUACUAAGUAUCUUUAAUACUGCCAUUAAUUUAGAAAAUCAAACUCAAAAUGACAUAACAAAUAAUAUGGAAAUCAAUAUUAUUCAUUUAAAAUUUGAAAUGAUUUUUAUGAAUUUGAUUGUAGAAUUUUUUAUAGAUUACCCUGAUAGUUGUAUUCAAUUUAUUUACGACUUUACAGACAUUGAAACAAUCGAUGAUUAA